CCCGGGGGCGGGCGGGAGCUGGAGAUGCACACCAUCAGCUCCAAGGUGUUCGGUGACAUCCUGGACUUCGCCUACACGUCGCGCAUCGUGGUGCGGCUGGAGAGCUUCCCGGAGCUCAUGACGGCCGCCAAGUUCCUGCUGAUGCGCUCUGUGAUCGACAUCUGCCAGGAGGUCAUCAAGCAGUCCAACGUGCAGCUCCUCGUGCCCCCCGCACGCCCUGACAUUAUGCUGUUCCGUCCGGGGGCUGCUGACCUCGGCUUCCCUCUUGACAUGACCAACGGUGCCGCUUUGGCACCCAAUGGCAAUGGCAUCGCUGGCAUGCCUGAAGACGAGGCCACGCGGGCUGCGCUCACCGCUGCGCAGUCCUCCCUGCCUGUCCUGCAGGGUGUGGACCGCCUGCCCAUGGUGGCAGGACCUCUGUCCCCACCGCUGCUGGCCUCACCCUUCCAGAACGUUUCUGCUAGUGCCCCCACUUUAAGCACCAAGAGGGGCAGAGGGCGUCCCCGUAAAGCCAAUCUCUUGGACUCCAUGAUGUUUGGUACCCCUGGGGGCCUGCGAGAGGCUGGUAUCCUGCCUUGUGGUCUCUGUGGGAAAGUAUUCACGGAUGCCAAUCGUCUUCGGCAGCACGAGGCUCAACACGGGGUGACAAGCUUACAGCUGGGAUACAUAGACAUCCCACCCCCACGACUGGGUGAAAAUGGUGUUCCUGGUCAGGACGACCCCGAUGCACCCCGAAAAAGAAGCAGGACGAGGAAACAGGUGGCCUGUGAGAUCUGUGGCAAGAUUUUUCGGGACGUGUACCACCUGAAUCGGCACAAGCUGUCACACUCUGGCGAAAAGCCUUACUCUUGUCCGGUGUGUGGCUUGCGGUUCAAGCGAAAAGACAGGAUGUCCUAUCAUGUUCGAUCGCAUGAUGGCUCUGUGGGAAAGCCCUACAUCUGCCAGAGCUGUGGAAAAGGCUUUUCCAGGCCAGACCACUUGAAUGGACACAUCAAACAGGUGCAUACCUCAGAGCGACCUCACAAGUGUCAGCAGGAAAAUGGCAGCCACCAUGGAAUAAGCUCAGAGACAUCCACAUCCAUAGAAAAGUUGAAACUUCAAGAGACUUGUAAUGCUUCCUUUGCCACUCGUGACCGGCUGCGCUCACACCUGGCAUGUCAUGAAGACAAAGUUCCAUGCCAGGUGUGUGGGAAGUACUUGAGAGCAGCAUACAUGGCAGAUCACUUGAAGAAGCAUAGUGAAGGACCAAGCAAUUUCUGCACUAUCUGUAACCGAGGUUUCUCCUCUGCCUCCUACUUAAAGGUCCAUGUUAAAACCCACCACGGUGUUCCCCUUCCCCAGGUCUCCAGGCACCAGGAGUCCAUCCCGAAUGGGGGAGCAGCGUUCCACUGCGUCAGGACCUAUGGCAUCAAAGAAGGCCAGAAAUGUUCACAUUCGGACCCGAUUGAGAGUUCUGAUUCAUAUGGAGACCUCUCUGACACCAGUGACCUCAAGACUCCUGAGAAACAGAGCACCAAUGGGUCCUUCUCGUGUGACCUGGCAGUCAGCAAAAACAAAAUGGAGACGGAAGGCGAGAAGAAGUACCCGUGCCCUGAAUGUGGCAGCUUUUUCAGAUCAAAGUCUUAUCUGAACAAACACAUACAGAAAGUUCACGUCAGGGCUCUUGGUGGCCCACUGGGGGACCUGGGUCCUGCUCUAGGAUCCCCCUUCUCACCCCAACAGAACAUGUCUCUUCUGGAGUCCUUUGGGUUUCAGAUCGUCCAGUCAGCAUUUGCAUCAUCCCUAGUGGAUCCAGAGGUCGACCAGCAACCAAUGGGGCCGGAGGGGAAAUGAGAUCAGUUGGAUCUUAACAAAGCAAAGCAGCAGUCUGGCUAUAAUGAUAAGAUGCUGUGAAUGAAAGAGGAAAUAAUGAAAUUUGGUUCUAUAGCUGAGAAUUUUUUAUUAAUUUUAGCUUCCCUCUUUGUCUCAUGCCCUACCCCACCUUUAAACCUUCACUGGGGAGAGGGAGAAAAUGCUUCCUUAGCUGAUAAAUUACAGAAGAUGGUGGCCUUGAAUAGGAGACAUGACCCAAAACAAAUGGAGCUUUAGAGGCUGCUGCUGGUGUUUUCUUUGUGUUCUUUGAGCGUAAGUAGAAGUUACCAGUACUGGUCUGAGAAUGAGACAGUGCUAGUGACCGAGGCACCUGGGGAGCUGCAGCUACAGGAAGCUGUGAUUUUGUUCUCUCUCUAUUCCCCCGCCCUCCCUAAACUCCCCCAGAAAAACAGUAAGUUUAAAAAACAGACCCAUUAUUGAAUAUAAGAUUAAGUAAAAUGCCCCAUGGUUCCUAGCAGGUUACAAUGCAGUUGUCCUUUUAAAAACAGAAAUGUUUAAAGAAGGUGAGAGAAUUUGAACCCCUUCUGCCUUUGUGAGGCUGUGAGUGCUGCAGCAGGACUAAACUGCUGAGAAAAAUCACUUUUCAGAACCGAUUGUUUUUAUUACUUUUGACC